AUGUCAAUUCCAAAUAACUUGAAACCUAUUUUGGCAAGAAUAGAUAGGAUAAAACAUUCUAAUAGUCUAUAUAAUUCAUUGAUAUCGGUUCGAGAUGAAAAUGUGCUUAAAGAAAGAACAACAAAUUAUUUUCAAAAGAAUAAGAUAGUUCCUUAUUUAUGUUCAAUCAAGGAUAAUAUUGUAACUACAGAGGAGGCAACGACUUGCGGUUCAAAGAUAUUGGAGAACUAUGUUUCACCAUUUCAGGCUACGGUUGUGUCGAUAUUAGAAGGAUCAAAUAAGGGAUCGCAGAAAGAUUCGCAGAACUUCACGAAAUCGAUAGUUAUAGGAAAAAGUAACCUUGAUCAAUUUGGAAUGGGAUCUGGAACCACCAAUAGUAUAUUUGAACCUACUACAAACCCACUAUAUAAAAACCAAGCGCAUAUAACAGGUGGUUCCUCUGGUGGAGCAGCCAGUAUUGUUACAGACGAUGUUUGUGAUUAUUCAAUUGGGACAGAUACCGGAGGAUCAAUUAGAUUACCUGCACAUUAUUGUGGGAUAAUUGGGUUCAAGCCAUCUUAUGGCAGGAUAUCAAGAUGGGGGGUCAUAGCGUAUGCUCAAAGUUUUGAUACAGUUGGGAUAUUGUCGAAGGAUAUUAAGAUAAUCGAGGACAUAUAUGAACAGUUGAACCAAUAUGAUCCCAAAGAUCCCACAUCGUUAUCGAAUAAUUUAAGAAAAAGAAUUGAAGAGAUAACCAAAAAAAGAGAUGAGAAAUUGAGUAUUGGAUUGAUUCAAGAGACAAAUGUCGAAGGCAUUUCAGAGGAGGUAUCAAGGUCAUUUAAUGAAGCUAUUGAAGCAUUAUUUAAUAUCAACCACACUAUCAGGCCUGUUUCCCUACCUUCAAUUAAAAAUUCAUUGCCUGUUUAUUAUACUCUAGCGUUAGCAGAAGCCUCAUCGAAUCUAGCUAGAUAUGAUGGAGUGAGAUAUGGGUUUCAUUCAAAGAGCAGUGAAGCAAGUCAUGGAAGUGACUCCAGCCAGAAAAAAGAUGAGUUUGGGCCAUUUUCCGAAACCAGAAGUGAAGGAUUUGGCAAGGAGGUGCAAAAGAGAAUCUUGCUAGGCACAUAUAAUCUUUCGUCAGACUCUUUUAAGAAUAAUUACUUGAAAGCUAACAUGGUGAGAAAAUCACUAAUCAAUCAGUUCAACUCAGUGUUCAAAGUGCCAAAUGUGCUAUCAAGCACCGAAGAAGAGAGCAAAGAGCAAUUACGGGAAAACAAAGCCAACAAUAAUAAAAUUGACGUCUUGAUGUUUCCAGUUUCGACAUCAACAGCUCCUACGCUUGAGGACUUCUUGAGGAAGGACAGCGAAAGCUCGUUGAACUCGUACAUCGACGACGUGCUAACAGUGCCAGCUUCUCUUGCUGGCUUGCCAACCAUUGUGGUGCCAUGGAAGUCAGCAGCCAACCAGAUGCCCAUAGGAAUCCAGGUGGUGGGCCAGUUUGGCGACGACCAACAGGUGCUCGAGAUGGGACAGUUGUUGCUAGCGAUAAACGCCUCCCAGGCUGCUGCCUCAGAGUCCAAUUGA